AUGCCAUAUAGCCUCAAAGGGAAAAAGGUGCUCGUCACGGCAGGCUCAAGGGGCUUGGGCGCCGCCAUAUGCCAGAAAUUCGCAGCUGAGGGGUGCAAUGUAGCCAUUAACUACCACUCCAGCCGUGAGGUUGCGGAGGACCUCGCCAGUCAAUUGGCGAAAGAGUACUCUAUCAAGUCCAUUGUUCUCCAGGGCGACUCUGAACUCCCUGAGGACAAUCAGCGAAUUGUUCGGGAGGCAAAUGAGCAGUUAUCUGGCCUGGAUAUUGUCAUUGCAAAUGCUGGGUGGACUCGGUUCGCUGAUAGACGAGAUAUUUAUGACUUGUCUUUUGAGGAAUGGGACAAGGCAAGACUGAACGUCAUGUCGCAUUUGCAACUCAUGCAAGCGGCUAAGCCGAUACUCGAGAAGAAUGCGGACGGGGGUGUCUAUAUAAUGACCUCGUCUAUCGCGGGAAUCACGCCGGACGGAAGCAGUAUGGGCUACUCGGUGACCAAAGCCGCCGCUUUGCACCUGAUGAAGCAUCUUGCGUUAUCCGUCGGACCAAAAAUUCGUGUCAAUGCUGUUCUACCGGGGCUGUUGUUGACGGAUUGGCAUGAGGUGAUGCUCUUGUUCUCAGUAUCUUGGUCCGUUUGCUGA